CGUGUACAAUUUUUUCGGAAUAAUCCUCAGUUUCGAGUAAUGCAAAGUAUGAGCCAAAUAAAAAAUCCAACUAAAAUCCAUUUCCGGUUUUUGUAGAGAAUUGCUCCAAACGAGAAAUUCCUCUAUUUAUAAGUUUAAUCUUAGCAGGCCGAACAUAAAUAAAAAAUCUUUAAAAAUGAAACUUUUGUUUCUGUCAUUUCUAUUGUUUUUCAAUCUUAAAGCUUCCCAUGAAAGAUUUUUGAAACGCACCGCCCGAAUUGUGCAGAAUUCGUCAACAAAUUAUACUUCAGAAGAUGUUGAACGGCAGGGCCUGUACGGUGGAGUCACGGCUUUUCCCAGCGAGUUCCCUUUCCUGGUGUCACUCCAAUACUAUUCGGAGCAAGAUUACAAACUGCACCACUUUUGCUCGGGAUGCUUGCUGAACGAUCGCUGGGUAAUUACUGCGGCAAGAUGCUCGAUCGAUGGGAUGAAGAUUUUUCUCGUUGCUGGGGAGUUUCACUUGGAAAAGCAGGACUCAACGGAACAGAGAAUUUCGGUGAAUCGAUUUUUAAAACAUCCUGAUUUUGAGAAGGGAGGUGGAUUUGCUGAUUUGGCUUUAGCCAGUUCGGAUUACCCGUUCCAACUGAGCAGUCAAGUGUCUCCAAUUGCUCUAGCUGGAUUUGAAAGAAGUUUGAAGAUUGGAGACCUCGUAGCAUUACCAGGCUGGGGAAGCAUUUCACCAACUUCAACUGUUUUGAUGAAGGUGUUCCUCCCUGUAGCAUCAUGCCCUGAUUCGACUCCCUCAAAAACGGUCUGCAUCCUCGAAACCAACGAUCAAGACUACGACGACCUCGAGCGAAGCUUCUGCUCGGUAGACCUGGGAUCCCCCGCCCUAAAGAUCGACCCCUCGUCCAAGGAGGUCACUUUGGUUGGCCUCGUCUCGAUGGCACCACGUGACUGCUUCAACCCAACCGAACCACUGAUAUUGACGGACGUCACCAGUUUCGAACCUUGGAUCGCCCAGACGACGUCACCUCGCAUCACCGACUGGAGACGGUUUAGAGCCAGAAGUGAGCAGAAUAUCGCGAACGUGACCAAGCUGAGCGCGACACUCUUGGCGGUUUGGACGUUGUUUGGGCUUUGCGUGAUUGGAAACGGAGUUUUAUCUUGGGGUUUCGCCUUGGGUGCACGUGCUUUGGCGCUUUGUAAACAAAUUUGAAAACUUCGUUGAGAUUGAACU